AUGUCUUCUGAUUUUGGAAUACCGACUCCUCCUGCCUCCGAAUCAUCUGAUGGAAAAGAUCAUUUCUUUAUUGAUAAUCUUUUGGUAUCGGAAAGGGAUGUCGAAAAGGAUUCUUCAAGUCAUGUUUUAACCGCUCCUCCUUCUGUACAUGAUAAUACUGAUGGUUCCGAUGAACCAUCUUCUCCAACGAGUCCUGAUCCUGUAAUUCAAUCCGGUUCUAGAUAUCUUAUACAUAAUUCUUUUCUUCCGGCUUUCAUUCCUCAAGUCGCUGCUGCUCAUCAAAUUAAAAUUCCUGAUUCUCAUCCUUUAUCAUCCUGUAUACCUCUUAGAUCUCCUAAUCGUGAUGAUGUAGAAAGUGAUCCUGAUUCAAUUCCUUCAAUGUCUCUUCAUGAUAAAUUAUCUGGUCCUUCAGCUUUUAUCAUUCACCGUCCACUUUUAUUACCUGAUAUUAUUAAAUCUAUUUCUCAAGCUAGAAGAUCUAAAAUGAGAUCUAGACCUGUUACUAGAGCAAAAAAUAAAAGAGAAAGUCAAGAAUUAGAAUUAUUAAAAUUAACUGGAUUAGAUCAUAUUAUUGAUUCACCUGAUAAUAAUGGAUCAAUUAAAAAUGUUGAUGAUCUCGUGACUAAUUCGUCACGUCGUACCGCAGCAAUCAACAAUAAUCAAAAAUUUUUACAAAAUUUUUCAACUUCACAAUUGUCUAGAUCAAAUCAAAUUUCCACAAAUGGUGGUGAAAAACAAUCAAUUAGAUCUUCUUCACAUAAUGGUUCUUUACCUUAUUAUCGAAAUUCUAAUCAACGUCGUGCAUCAAUGUCUGUUUCUUCUUUAUCAUCUAUUCCUACAUCUGAAUUAAGUGAUUAUGAUCUUAAUUCGGAUAAUUUUGGUGAUGAUGAAGAUGAUCCUGAUUUUGCUCCUCCAACAAAGAAACGUAAAGGUGAUCAUUCACCUUCUAAAUGUUAUCCGGGUUCUUCGUCAACUUUACAUAUGACGCAUCGUAGAGAAACUGGUAAUAAAACUAAAGUUUGUGCAAGUUGUAGAACUCGCAGUACACCAUGUUGGAGACCUGGCUGGCAAUGUCGGUAUAUUCCGCUCAAGUCUGAAUAUAAUGCAAUGUUCAAAAAACCAAAGAAUGGAGAUUCUCCCGAUCUAAAGCGUUGUUGUAAAUGUUCAACGGUACUAUAA